AUGGCGAAUAACCGAAGGAAGAAACAAAGGGCAGUGGAAAGUAGUGAAGAUUAUAUCAGCGAACUUCCCGAUAGCAUAUUAUGCAACAUUUUAUCUUCCCUCAAGAUCAGAGAAGCUGUCAAGACCAGUGUUCUGUCAUCCAGAUGGAGGAACAUUUGUACUACUCCAACCAACCUUAUUUUGGAUGCAGACAGCAUACUAGAGAGAGAAGAAGAUUACUCGGCUACAAAUAUUUGUUACCUAAGCGAGGUGCUAAGGUACCUAAUUAAAAAGAAUAGAUCUUAUGCAUUCGUAGGUAAUGUCAACCAAUACUUGUCAAGUGUUGAACAAGUCCAAAAGAUUCACAUGCUCAAGGUUUGCUUCACAUUUCGUCAUAACAGGUAUGGCUGUACUGAUCUUGAUGACUGGAUUCGUUUUGUGAUGAAAAGAAACGUAGAAGAGAUUGAUCUUUGUUUGAUGGAAGAGAAUCAUCAACUCAGUGCUCCAAAUGAUGGAUCCUUAUAUGUUUUCCCUUGUGAUAUUGUUGGCAAUGGGGAUGCAAGUGGCUUCAAGUCAUUUCUGAAGUGCAUGCGCUUGGCACAUUGUGUACUUGCCCCCCACAAGUCCUAUAACUACGGUUUUAGUACACUCACAACUCUGGAACUAUUGAAAGUAGAUUUUAAAUCUGAGGAGCACAUCCAGAUUUUAUUGUCUUGCUGCAACAACCUUGAAUGGUUGAGUUUAUCUGAAUGUUACAAUUUGGAUUGCCUGAAAAUAAAUCCCCCCUUUUGCCAGCAGUUGAAGCACCUGAAUGUCAAUCUUUGCCACCAACUUCAGGCAAUUAAGGUCCAGAGCACCAAUUUAGAGACCUUGGAAUACAAUGGAUGCAAAAUUGACUUAUUGUUUGAUGCCCCUAGACUUAAAACUUUCUUCAGUCAUGUGAGUUAUUCUACAGCUUGUCAUAGAGAAAUUUGGCCAGUCUUCAGGCUUCCCAUUGAUCUUCCCCAGCUGGAAACUUUGUUCCUGGAGUGCAGCUGUUCUAUGGGUGAAGUUAUGACAAACAGAUUGCCCAUAUUUCCAAAUUUGAGGCAUCUAGUAGUUAUAAAAGUGGCCAUAAUUCGACAUGAGCCAUCGUGGAUAGUGACUGUUCUGAAUGCAUGUCCAACACUCCAAAGACUAGAGCUGCAUCUAAGGACCUAUUUUCAUUUUGAUGAGAAGUUAAGGAAAACAAGUUGGCCAGCAAGAAGCCCACAUAAUCAUCUCAAGGAAGUAUCAAUAACCGGCAUUAGAGGCUACUCAAGUGAGAUUGAAAUAGCAAUUUAUCUUCUAAAGAAUGCAAUUGCACUUGAGAAGAUGACAAUAGACCCACGUCCAAGAAUUUACAUUGGGAACGGUAAAUGGAGUCAUUCAGAAGCUUGUGAGAAUUGGAGCAGGGUGGGAAGGCAGAAGGUUUAUAAUCAUCUAAUGCAAGAAGUCAAUUCAACAAUGAAAUUGUUGAUCUUGUAA